GAACUUCUUAAACCUUAGCUUCUUGGUAGAAUCAUUCGCAGGUAGUAUUGAAGAUUGGUUCGCCAAAAAAACAAACUCACUCACUUAUCACUCAGUCCUCACCUUUGUUUAACACCACCCAAAGGCUCUGCCAUUACAUCGUCUGCAGGCGGCCUUGCGCUGUGACUUUACCUCUUUUCCAGUCAACCAUACGCGGACGCUGUUUUAGUGCCCUGUAGUUAGCGCGAUUUCUCACCAGUUUUUUGCUUCACAUCUCCUUAUUGAUCAGGUUUAAGUAGAAUUCUAAUUCUACUAGGAGUAUUUCAUUGUGCCGUUUUACAUUGGCAAGUUCUUUUUUUAUGGGACUUGAGACAAUCGCUCCCUUGUCUUUUAGCAGUUAGUCGUUCCUCAAUGCUGAAACUUUUAGGUGUAACCCUGUUAUGAAGGGAGACAUGUUGACAUCUAGUGAUACCUUAUGCAAAUCUGGACUUGAAUUCUCCGUAUUAGGCCAUUUUCCUCUUAAACAACAAGGUAGAUCUCUGAGAAGAAAUGCCCGGUGUGGAUACUCAAAAAUGCCUUGCUGUGGUAUUUUCAAGUCCUGGAUGAUGGGGAGAUGCGGUCCUGUACAUCUCUUCAUUCCACUUCCAUCUAAAGAUGAAUACAAGCUUGUGAAGUGUUUCAAAAACAGUUCAAACGUUGUGGAGCACAUUCCAAAAGACCUCAUCCAGGAAAAGUUUUCUCAGGAGGAAUCAUAUUUUGUAUCAGGUGAUUUUUUGCUUGAAGAAACUGAUAUUAGCUCACAUUGUAGAAAAGUAAGGAACGGAAUUGUUGAGGAGCCGUGGUUAUUGCAGCAAUCAUUGGUUUCCCAUCAAGCUUCAGAAUCAGAUGCUUCAGAUGCUUCUGGUGCUACUGGUGACUCUCCAGUGACCUCUUACAAAUCAGGUUUUCCUAUUGAGGAGCCCUGGCUGGCUGAAUGGGUGAUCAAUUUUUCCAUUUCUAAUGCCCAUUUGGCACCUGAUAUGCCUACUUGUGAACAACACGCUAGAAGCAUUGAAUCUCACCAUACAACACACAAUGAGCAUUGUCCAGAAUUCGAGAAGCCAUUGUCUUCUGAAAGUGAUUUAAUUACUAAGGAAGAUUCAGUUACGACGGUUAUAUUAAUAAACUCUUCUGUUUGCACAAUGCAAAGGAUUGCUAUUUUAGAAAAUGGGAGUUUAGUAGAGUUGUUGUUAGAGCCUGUAAAAAACAAGGUGCACUGUGAUAGUGUAUAUCUUGGUGUUGUUACCCAAUUAGCCCCCCAGAUGUGUGGCACGUUUGUAAAUAUUGGCAGCAACCAAACAGCAUUUAUGAACAUCAAGUCCCGGAAGGAGCCGUUCAUAUUUCCUCCUUUUUCACAUGAUAGACAAACCAUUGCCAUUGAGUCUGUCGAAAAUUCAGAUCAUCUUGAAACUGAAGCUACUUCAGAUGAAGUUAUAGAGGAGGAUGACACAGAAGAUGAUGAUUCUGGUGAAUAUUCAGAACAUGAUUUUGAGGAGCAAGGAAAUCAUGAUAAGGUUCAUAGUUCUGUAGACAUUGAAGGAAAUGUUGGCCAUGAUGGUGAAACUCAUUUCCAUAGACACCCGUUCAAAAAAAUUGUCCCUCAUCAUGAAUAUAAUAAAAAAAGUAAGUGGGGGCAAGUUCGGAAAGGUACAAAAAUAAUUGUACAAGUUGUUAAGGAAGGACUAGGUAGAAAGGGCCCCACAGUAACUGCUUAUCCAAAACUGCGAAGCCGAUUUUGGGUUUUAAAAGCUAGCGGCAACACAAUAGGGAUCUCAAGGAAGAUAUUUGGUGCUGAGCGCACUCGCCUGAAAGUAAUAGCAAAAACCUUACAGCCACCAGGUUUUGGUGUUACUGUAAGAACUGUUGCUGCUGGUCAUUCGUUGGAGGAAUUGAAGAAAGAUUUGGAAGGUUUGGUUUCAACUUGGAAAGUUAUAAUGGAGCAUGCGAAGAGUGCUGCUCUGGCUGCAGAUGAAGGAGUAGAUGGAGCAGUUCCUAUUAUGCUUCAUCGGGCUAUGGGUCAAACACUCUCCAUUGUCCAAGAUUAUUUUAAUGACAAGGUUAAGAGUAUGGUGGUUGAUUCUCCAAGGACAUAUCAUGAGGUUAAAAACUAUCUACAAGAAAUAGCUCCUAAUCUAUCUGAUAGAGUUGAGUUAUACAGCAAUAAAGCUCCACUCUUUGAUGAAUACAAGAUUGAGGGAGAAAUAGAUAGCAUUCUUAGCAAAAGGGUUUCCCUUUCCAAUGGAGGUUAUCUGGUGAUAGAACAAACAGAGGCAUUAUUCUCUAUUGAUGUCAAUGGUGGUCAUUCUAUGCUUAGGCAGGGAACAUCACAAGAGAAAGCUAUUCUUGAAGUGAACCUUGCAGCUGCCAGACAAAUUGCUAGAGAAUUGAGACUGAGAGAUAUUGGUGGUCUUAUUGUUGUGGAUUUCAUAGAUAUGAUGGAUGACUCAAAUAAGAGAUUGGUCUAUGAAGAAGUAAAGAAGGCUGUUGGGAGAGAUAGAUCAACUGUCAGUCUCUCUGAGUUAUCCAGGCAUGGACUAAUGGAAAUCACUAGGAAAAGAGUUCGACCAAGUGUGACAUUUAUGAUCAGUCAGCAAUGCACAUGUUGUUAUGGCACUGGGAGGGUGGAAGCUUUAGAGACUGCCUUUUCCAAGAUUGAGCGGGAAAUUUCUCGUUUGAUGUCAAGGAUGGAUGAGAAAGCUGAUCCUGAAGAUCCCAAUUCAUGGCCCAGAUUUAUUCUCAUGGUUGAUCAAUACAUGUGUAACUAUUUAACUGAAGGAAAAAAGACAAAGUUAGCAGUAUUGAGUACUUCUCUCAAAGUCUGGAUUGUAAUAAAGGUAGCUAGAGGUUUCACAAGGGGCACCUUUGAGUUGAAGCCCUUUACAGAUGCUGAUAAAGAGUGCAAUAAGAGUCGCCCUCCCAUACCAGUACUAUCUGCAGAGGCGGCUAGGAGUCUGCCUCAGAAAAAGGUGAAUCUCUUCCCCAUCAAGAAGUGGAAGGCUGGUGGAGGAGAAUGACAGUUGCAUCAUCUUCUCUCCACCCUAUGCAGAGUUCUAAAGCAAAACAAGCACACACAGUCGCAAAGUGUGAGGUAUUGUGUGCUAAUAGAUUCCAACAUCACAGGCAACUUUCAAGAGUGUACUAGGACAUUGGUUCCGACCAGAAACAAACACAUUUCAGUUAGAACCUCAAACUCUACGCUUCAUGUGGGUAAGAAGAGGAAUUUGUAUUUACUCUUCCCACAAAUGAAAGAAAGUUUGAUAUCAUUUUAGGAUCAAUUGACAGAAUGAACCAUGAAAGCAUGCAUGGACUUCAUCUCAAUGACCUGGCCUGUCGGUAGUGGUUUCAUGAUAUAUAUGUCGCUUGGAACACUUCAAAAGUCAUACUAGUUCCUGCAUAGUGCAUGCUCUAUUACCGAAUGGAAACUCUCCUACAAGAACCACCCCCGCGCAGAAUUAAUGCGUCUUCCAAUUUAUAACUGCUAAUGAUUGUUUUUUGAUUUGCUAGACUUGCUUAAGAAGCUAAUAACCAGCUAUCAGUAUUUUACCACCAAGGAGUUCAUGCAAUCAAGUCAACUGAUCUUUGAACCAUUGAUGUACCUACUUAAGUGUAAUGUGUUGAGCUUGAACAGGCAUUUUGCAUGUUUAUUUAUUAAACAUGUUCGCCAACAUCUCACAGUUGUCUAUUCUACUAUUGACGUUGUCGAUUUUUUUUGUUCUUGGAUUUUGUAUACCCAACUUUUUUCAUACUUGAAUUUGGUUUUUGAGGUGGAAAAAUGUAAUUAUGUGGAUUGUAAUAAUUGAUAGUAAUGUAAAUAUGAGAGUAGUGUUUAAU